GAAGCGGGUUUCUUAGACACAUAAACGUUGAUAUUCAACGUUGCAGCCGCUGGACAGGUAUAAAUAGGUAGCAGCAUCCGGCCAAACUAACCCGAAGCAGAGUGUCUCACCGUAAUCAAUUUGUCUAAUUUCAGUGUUUAUCAGUACCUAAGUAUUUAUCAGUAUGUGUUUCUGGCUCGAUUUACAAGUUUGUUGCAAUAGGGAAAUGUCGCUCCCCUAUCCCAACGUCAUCAUGCAUCUUCGCUUCGCUGUGAUUUGCGACGAUGCUCAACGUAACAGAUACUACAAGCGCAACAACUACGACGAACCCCUUUGGGACCCCAUGGCCGUCGUCAAUAGCUGCCCCCAUAUGGGUUCAGGAUUUUGCAGAUAUGAGCGUGUCUACUGGUUGACAUGCUGGAAUUGUAUGGGGACCAUUGUAGCCAAUAAUACAGGCUUUACCGAGGAGGAUUAUGGUAUCAACUGCCAUAGUAACGCAAUUUGGAUGCAGGAGCUUCAGUCGCAAACCCACCGUGUCCAUUAUCCGGAACUCGUGGAUCGCUUUCCAACGGAAUUUAAUAUCCAGCACCGCUACGUGCUCAGCAGCCCCGGAUGGGUCGCAGUCAAUCCAGGGGACCCGCUUGGUCCUGAACCGGCCGAUCCCGAGUUAGUUCAACUUCAAGAGUUAAGCCGACAAAUAUAUAGGUCAACGACGCACCCGGAACCAACCGCCAUUCUCGGCCCUCAUGGUCCGCCCAAUGGUUGUCAUUUUCUACCACUCAACCUUGCAGGCGGGUCUCAGCAGUGCCAGGGUAAUCCCAAUGCCGGGCCGGACACCCAUUCGGAGGAUGAAGAGGAUGAUAAUGGCUAUGAGAGCCCAGACUCGGACUUUGGGAGAUAUUAA